ACGGGCGUGCAAACCGCGGCCCUCUUUCCCCAAGCGGCCUUCCUCACCCUCCGCCGCCAACACUAGUCGCAGCUUGAUGGCGUCACAACGGCGGCGCCCGCCUUCGGGGCGAGGGAGGUCCUCUGCCGGGUCCGCCCAGGCGUCUCUCGCAAUGGCGGACAUGGAGGAGCUCUUCGGCAGCGACGCUGACACGGACCCGGAGCAGAAAGAUUCAGACUCUGGCUCUGAGUCGGAUUCAGACCAAGAGAACGCAGGCUCCGUCAGUAACAUUUCUGGGAGCGAGAGCGACAGAGAAGAUGCCCGAGAGGCUUUAAAACCCAGCAAUAAAGAAUUGUUUGGUGACGAUAGCGAGGACGAUGGCGCCUCUCACCACAGCGGCAGCGACAAUCCGUCGGAACAGUCCUACAAUCAGUCCGAAGGCUCGGGACACUCUGACCGUGAGGACCACGACCAGUCAGAUGUCGAGCAACACAGUGGGUCAGAAGUGGGUCACGGUGAGGAUGAAGAGGAGAAUGAGGACCAUCACUCAGAUGAAGGGAGCCACCACUCCGAGGCAGAAGGAUCUGAAAAGGUGCCCUCGGAGGACGAGAGGUGGGGACAGGAAGACAAAAGCGAUCAGUCCGAGGAUGACGAGAAGCUGCAGAACUCAGACGACGAAGAGCCGCUCCAGCAUUCGGACGAGGAGAAGAACUCUGAGGACGAGGAGAGAGCUGCUGUGCCUGACCCUAAGGAGAGGUUGGACCACUCCGAUGAGGAGAAAACGCACAACUCAGAGGACGAAGAGAAGCCCCUGGUUUCGGAUGAGGAAAGACUGCCCAAUUCCGAUGAAGACGAAAGGCCUCGGCAUUCGGACGAGGAGAACGGACAGAAUUCGGAAGACGAGGAUGAAAGGCCGCAGCACUCUGAUGAAGAGAAGAUGCAGAAUUCAGAUGACGAGAGGCCCCAGCACUCAGACGAGGAGGAGCGCAGGCUCUCCGAGGAUGAGGAGGAGCAUGAGCAUAAAUCUGAAUCCGCACGAGGCAGCGACAGUGAUGACGAAGUGCCACCCAUGAAGCGUAAGAAGCAGAUUUCAUCAGAUUCUGAAAUGGAUAGUGAUGCGGAAGGGCAGAAAGAUAAUAGGGAUGCCAUGGAUCUGUUUGGAGGAGCAGAUGACAUCUCUUCGGGAAGCGAUGGGGAAGACAAGCCCCCAACGCCGGGGCAGCCAAUUGAUGAGAAUGGGCUGAAUGAGGACCAGCAGGAGGAGGAACCUAUUCCAGAAACACGAAUAGAAGUUGAAAUUCCAAAAGUGAACACUGACUUAGGAAAUGACUUAUAUUUUGUGAAGCUUCCCAAUUUCCUCAGUGUGGAGCCCAGGCCUUUUGAUCCUCAGUAUUAUGAGGAUGAGUUUGAAGAUGAGGAGAUGCUGGACGAAGAAGGCAGAACAAGGUUAAAACUGAAGGUCGAGAACACGAUCCGCUGGCGAACUCGCCGAGAUGACGAAGGAAGCGAGAUCCGAGAAAGCAACGCACGAAUUGUCAAAUGGUCUGACGGGAGCAUGUCUCUGCACUUGGGGAACGAGGUCUUCGAUGUGUACAAGGCUCCACUGCAGGGCGACCACAACCACCUCUUCAUCAGGCAGGGAACCGGUCUGCAAGGCCAGGCGGUGUUCAAGACAAAGCUAACCUUCAGGCCUCACUCCACAGACAGUGCCACCCACAGGAAGAUGACUCUUUCUCUAGCAGACAGAUGUUCAAAGACUCAGAAAAUCCGCAUUUUGCCCAUGGCUGGUCGCGAUCCAGAGUCCCAGCGCACAGAAAUGAUUAAGAAAGAAGAGGAGAGGCUGCGAGCGUCCAUCCGCCGAGAGUCCCAGCAGAGGAGGAUGCGGGAGAAGCAGCACCAGCGGGGACUGAACGCCAGCUACUUGGAGACGGAUCGGUACGAGGAGGAGGAGGAAGGGGAAGAAGCCAUCAGCCUGGCAGCCAUCAAGAACAGAUAUAAAGGAGGGAUCAGAGAAGAGCGUGCUCGGAUUUAUUCUUCAGACAGCGAUGAGGGAUCAGACGAAGAUAAAUCACAGAGAACAACGAAAUCAAAAAAACUCAACAGUGACGAGGAGGGGGAGACUUCGGGGAAGAGGAAGGCAGAGGACGAUGACAAGGCCAGCAAGAAGCACAGGAAGUACGUGGUGAGCGAUGAAGAAGAUGAGGACGAGGAGGCCUAACGCCCAGCCGGCUUGGAUGCUUGGCACGAGGACUGUUUUAUCAGGAGAGAGACUGUGCCAAGAAGCAAGUCCAAGCCCACCAGGUUUGUUUUGUCCAUUUUUUUAGAAAGGAAACUUUCAUUAAUGUGAUAUUAAAACAAAUAAAGUGUCUUGCCAACCAACUGACAGCCCCCCCCGACACCCCCUCCCCCGAAGUGCUUCA